UAUAACCGUCACACUUCGGCAUUUUAGUCUUUUAGAUAUAACCAUACAAUAGUCAAACAGAAAUAAACAUAAAAAUAGUGUGAAUUAAUAGUUAAUUAUUCUGAGAAGUGUGGGAAUUUUAUAAUUAUGUUAGUGAAAAGUGCUCCUUUAGUAUGGAAUCAAUUGAAAGGCAUUAUCUGCGUGAAUAAACCGGCCGAUAUGACAGUAACGCAUCUUCGCGGUGCGAUUUUAACGAAAAUUAGCCAAGAAUUAAACGAAUUGGAAGUACGCCCACCAAUGGAUUAUGUCUCAAUCGAUAGAAACGCGUCGGAUGGGAAAUAUGACGUUGUUGUUAAAGAAAAUUUAGCGGAUCAUCCACUAGUUGUGGGUCCCAGAUACCUUCAGGAGGAUAUUCCAUGUAGUUGGUCGAAUUAUUUAGGUAGUAGAUCAUCUGGAGUGUUGCUAUUGGGCAUAAGAACAGGCACAAAGAUGGCAAAACAUAUCCGGGAGAACCAUCCUACUCGUGCCUACAGAGUUAAAGGAAUUUUAGGUCAAGCUACUGAUGAUUUUUUCAAAACUGGUAAAGUCGUGGAGCGGUCCACAUUUAGACACGUUAAAUUAAUUUACCUGGAACGUUUACUUUACAAUAUGCAGGCAUCACACCAGAGAAAGAUGUUUGAAAUGUGUGGAGUUGAUAUGCAAUCACAAGCUGCCUAUGAAUUAGCUGCCCAAGGUUUGCUAAGACCAAAAGAUUCAAAAAUUCCAGUGAUUUAUGGUAUUAACUGCGUCGAUUUUAGUCCACCCGAGUUUACAAUAGAAAUUCAGUGCGUGAACGAGUAUGAAAAAUACUUAGCGGCGUUAAUUCAUGAAAUUGGCAUUAAACUUCACUCAACGGCCCAUUGCACAGGCAUAAAGUGUGUGCGGCACAGUCACUUCACAUUGGAGCAUGCUUUAUUAAGAAAACAGUGGGAUCUGCAAAAUAUCAUCACAAAUAUGGAGUCUUGUUCACGAAUAAUCAACGACAACGAGAGUAUUUUACGACAAAAGAGUGUCACAUUGCAAGGGUAAAAGUUCCAACCAUAUUUGAUCAAAUUAGUUUACUUAUAUUUGUUUAUUUAAAUGCUUUUGUAUUUCUUGAUAACAAUGUCUACAAACAGUCAA